UGACGGAUUCAAUGAAUGGGAUUUGACAGUUCAUUUUCAGGAGAAAGUGCCCGACAUUGAAGUAAUAUGCUUCAAUUCUCAGAUAAUGAUGCAUUUUUUGCAUGGACAAGCGACCAAUAUGGCAAACACUUUUCAUCAUUAUCAUGUCUUGUUUCGACUCUUCCAAUCUGCUUAUACUCUACUCAUGUGUGAGGCAACUACUGCUUAUAUUUUGUCUUCUUUUGGAUUCAAAAGUAAAAGCCUAAAAAGUGAAGGAUGUGGUGUAUGUGGUGAUUUACAAGACUGGGGAUAUGUUAUAAUUGAUAUGAGUUGUUAUUAUAACAGAGGAUGUAGUCCAGCUCAGAAAAUCCAUUGGUACACCAAGGAUGGUUCUUCAGUUUCGGAAGUGAUUCAGCAAACCCUCAUCUGUCUCACAAUCAUGAGCAAAAUCAAGUUGUAUAUACUAAAACUCACGAUAAUGACACGAUACGAGGUUGCCCAUUACACAACUACUUCAAACAAAACAACUGCUUUCUGUUUCUGUUGGAUUCUGAUCCAACUCGAAAGGGUAUUUGAAUACGAUAAAACAUUAAGGUUAUGGGAGGUGUUACAGACAAGUGGUCAAGCUUUUUGGAUUAGGAAGGCCGAGUCAAGGAUCCUGAUGCUUUUUAAAAAAACAGAAUAUUCUAUGGGAACACUUGCGAAAAGAUGUAUUUACAAAAAUGAGAGAAAUGAAGGGUUUUACCUAGAAAAAUGUGAGGUUCACAUCUCAUACACCCUCAAUCCUGUAAACAAGCACUGCCUUCUUCGAAUAUUCAAUCAUCAAGGACACGAAAGAAGAAGGAAGAAAACAUGCUUCAACUGGUUUGAGUCAUCAGCUGAGUUUGUCAACGGGUUCUUCUAUGUUACUUACUAUAGUUCCAAAGACAAAAUGACUUUAAGGAGAAGGCUAAGGGGUUGUGUCACCCAUCCACGAAGCAAUAGAAAGGGUAAGGCGAGCACACAUAAGUGA